AUGACUGAUAAAUCGUAUGGAACGCGAGAGAAAGAUAACACGGACAGAGGGGCUAAUUCAAACGAGGCGUUGGAUGGGAUGAACGAGAAUCAGCUUCGGGAGCUUCUCGAGGCCGCUCUUGAUUUUCAAGGCGAAAAAGACAUCAAGGAUCCCAAAGUGAAAGACGUUUACAACGAGGAAAAACAAAAAGCUGAUAAAGAGCUUCAAUCAGCCCGAAAAAGUCUCCAAAUGGAUUAUCCGCUCGCCAACUCUCCCACCCCGACUCCGCCUGUACCCAAGCCACGCCGCAAGUUUAACGAGCCUGGCACCGAUGAGUUGAUCAGCGCAUCGAAAGAUCGCAAACUUGAACCAGCACACAAAACAAACUCUACCACAGCAAAGCCGAUCAGCAUAUUCACGUGUGGCAAUCAGGAAACAUAUGUAAAAGAAUUCUGUGAUUGGGAUGCGGAUGAUGAGUCGAGCAACUCGAGCGACUCAAAAAACAACACAAAACGAGUUCACAUACCUGAACAUCCAAAGAAAACCGACAAAGCAGUCCCGCAAAUCUUCAGCCAGCUUCCCCAAAGUCACGAGGAAAUUCACCCGAGAUUUAUGAAUGAGACGAAAAAGAACAAAAUGGAGUUCGAUGAAGUGGACGAUGGAGUGGCUAAUAUGAACAACAAACUUCUCGAUAUAAACAACAAAAAUGAGGAACAGGGAAAUCUCGUUGAUCGAAAGAAAUCAUCAAAAGGAAACGACCCUUGCAAAGAUGAUCCAGAAGAGUUUGAGCUCCAAGAAAUCAAUGAAGAGCAUCGAGAUACGGGGUUGAAAAUUUUGGUUUUGAGUGGAAGUGAUGGUGGGAAUGAUUCUAUAUCGGAGGGUGAAGAUCAAAACGAGCAGAAUGGCGUCAAUCGAGAAAAGGCAGUCACCACUGGACGUGAGCACAACAAAAAGACCAAUGACUAUCUACCAUCACUGAAGAGCGCCCGAUCCGAGAUGACAAUGUUUCAACUUGAGAACGUGAAGCCGAAUAAAGAGAAUGAAAUCAAAAUGCGCACUUUGACCUAUACAAAUCGAUUCGGGAAAAUGGUACAGAAAGAGGUUAAGAUAAAGGCAAAGAAGAAUGAGAACGAGAAAGCCGAUCAAAAUCCAGAAAACUCGAUCGGUCAGAAGCCACUUGAUGAGAUUUUGAAGUAUUUGGGUGUUGAUGAAGAAGAGAAGAAAGUCAAGAAUAAGGAGAAGAAAAGGAAGAGUAAAGAGAUCAGCAAAGAUGAGAAUGGUGGAGGGAUACAGAGUAGAGAGAAACGUGGCUCAGAGGAUAGUCGAAAAGAGGGAGAAAACGAGCUUCAAGAUGAAGUUUUUGAGGAAACAAUCCCACUUGAUAACAAGAAAAACAAAUCAAUAAGCACUCCACCAGUCAGCUCUGCUGUGAAGCUAACGAAAGAGAUUCGGAAAGAAAUGCCUAUUGAAUCAAAUCAAGGAAACAAAGAUGAACUUUUCAUUACGGUUUUCAAAUCGAAGAAAGCGACGAAAUCCGUGGAUAGUGGAAAGAAAGUUGAGAAUCCGAAGAUUACCACAGCGAAAAGCUUUGAUCAGGAAAAAUCACCUCAAAAGCCCGUGCAGACAGGUGGAGAGAAGCGGAAUUCGAGUGACUCUUGCAUGACUUCCAAUCAAUGUUCUUCAAAGUUACCACCAGAUCUUGACUCUUAUCCAGCUUUAGAAACGACAAUUCCUGUAAAAGCAAAAAUGCAAAACAAGAGGCAAAAGACCAAAAUGAUUGUUGAUAUGGAGCAGAAAGAAGAAAUGGGAAAUGAGGAGAAAAACGAGGAAAACGAGAAGAAAGACAUUAUCGUAAACGAGAAAAUUCGACAUUUUACGGUAGAGGAAAGAGUGGUGUUGCCAGGUAGUGAGAAAAUCUCGGAGACAACCCUCGGCAUCUCGUUUUUCUUUGAUGAACACCUCGUCAAGAGCUCAGAGCCCCUGAGCAGAGAUGGGAUGAGGGAAAUGAAUGAAAUUGUGGAAAAAGAGAUCCCCGAGAAUCCGUUCCUCAAGGAUCCUUUUUACCGGAAAAUCGUCGAUAGCUGGAAAAGCUUUCAGGCGGACUCAAAGCCUUUCAUCUACUCGCCGAGCGAAGAAGACUCAUCUCGA